AGCUAAGAACAAAACAAUAUUGGAAUUUUUAUAAUAUAUAUUUUUUUUUAUUGUUAGCAGCGACAUGUCCGACGACAUAAAAAAGUACUUCAACGGUCUGCUGCAGAAGGUCAGCGGCCUCUACGUCAUACAGAUAACGGACCGAGAUGGCGUGCCGCUGCUGCGAGUUAGCCACAGUCAGGAGAAGAAUGUGGACUUUGCAUUAAUGCCAUCAUUCAUACCCACAUUUACCACAGCCUGUGAUCAGGCCAGCAAACUGGGCCUGGGACGCAAUAAAACAAUUAUAUCAAUGUAUUCCAACUAUCAGGUGGUCCAAAUGAACAAAUUGCCGGUUAUUUUGACAUUCGUUGGCGCUGAGGAUUGCAACACGGGCCAUAUACUGGCACUUGAGCAUCAGGUGGAUGGCUAUCUGGAGGAUAUAAAACUGGCCGUUACGGAGCCAUAGAAACGCUUUUGUACGAAUACGAAUGUAGUAUAUAUGUAUAUUUAAAAAAUGAAA